AUGCUGUGCGACAGCAAAAUCGAGGGUGUAGCUGCCAUGUUUCUUCCAUUAAACGCAAACCGCCGCAGUGGCGGUCCAGCCUCGCGGAUUGGACGCUCACCCACCCUCCUCGACAGCUUUCACACCUCACUCCUAGCUCUCAUGGAGACUAUGAAAACGAAGCGUCCGUGGUUUGUUAGAUGUAUUAAACCGAAUCCGGAUAAGAAGCCAAUGACCUUCGAAGAUACCAUGGUAAUGGAGCAACUGCGCUACAUCGGUAUUCUUGAGACGGUGCGCAUCCGAAGUUCCGGCUUCCCCGUGCGACUUCCUUACGAACAGUUUGUGCACAAUUACACUUCACUCUUGGAUCGCCAGACCUUCCGCCAGGUGACCAGCAUCCCUGGCCUGAAGCAACGCACCCAGGCGCUUCUCAACAAUAUUAACCGGGUUCUGGUCUCGUCGAGGCCAGUGAAACUGGGCCAGGACUACGAGGUCGGACGCACCAAGGUCUUUCUGCGCCAGGAGUUGGCUGACCAGCUGGAGGGCAUACGUCGGCGCCGACAUGUCCAGGCGGCUCGAAUCAUCCAACGCGCCUGGCGUCGCCGAGCCCUUGGUCAACUAGAUCGAGCUAGAAAUAAUGCCGCUACUCUCAUCCAGGCCGUCUUCAGGGGCUAUCUUGCCCGAAAAAAGAACCAGAAGUUACUGAUGCGAAUUAGGAUUCCUGCACCACUGAUGUCCAUGAGUGAUGCAAUAAUGUGGAAGGAACACGAAGAAGAGGAGGAUUAUGAGGGAAACCUUACGGCUGCCGAAAUCGCCAGUUUACCAAUUCCACAGGAUCUAGCAUUUGUUAUUGAAGAAGUUAGCCAAAGUCACGGAAAAGAGAGCUUCUUCGUGAAUCCUGAGAUGGAAGUGUCGAAGACCUUUAUGGUGAAGCGACUAAUGACCAGUGAUUUGCCUGGAUGCUGGACCCAAUUCAAAGGGGACUUGUGGACUGCGCCGAUGAUUGCGCAAAUCAUUGCCAGCAGCGGAUCUGCCACCAGCAAGCAUCUCGAUAAGAUUACGCGACUGCUUUAUCAAAACACUGGGGAUAUGAUGGACGAAUUCUUGAUGGGAAGUUACCUCUAUCAAAUGGCGCUAUCGAAUUUCACCCUGUUCCGAGAAAUUCUCUUCCAAUUGCUGAAUCAGACGCUGAGUUGGCCGAUCAACAGUGAGUUGGAUUACGCCACGGACUCGGAGGAUGAGGAGAUUACUUUCAGUCACGCGCGUAAGGACCUCAUUCGCCAAAAGUCGACGCGGUGGAAGUCGACGGGGCGCACAGGGGUACAGAUGAAGCGCACGCGUCAUGAAAUCAGUCACAAGUCUGCGCAGGACGAAAUGCGGCGCAGUCACAGACGCCUCUGGAUGCACAUCGCCGGUAUCCUCACCUGUGGUCGUCUCCCCAAGUCCCAGAGGGCCGCCGUUGUCCGAGCCAAGACAGCGCGCCUGGGUCGUGGAUGGACGGUGAGCCUAUACCGCAAAGGUGGAGUGAUUGAGCCGAGCGGGCAUAGGUAUGUGAUGGACAUGCUGAGCGCCACGGAGCUCCCUUCCGACUGGUUCGCACUCUCGGGUCUUGGCUACGACCAGAACUUCCUGGCCACCACUAUGGACCCCUCGGAGUACGCUCUUGGACCACCGUUUGUCGGCACCCUCCGUGAUAAUGACGCUUACAAGUCCGCGCGAAACUUUGACAGAAGUGUGCAGAUGCGUUACCCAUCUCUUGACAGACGACGUCACCAAAUGAAUGGAAGUGCAGCAAGACCGCCCAUCAGUAACGCCGGUGGCGGGAGCACGUGGUCUCGCAAAAUGAGUGGCACCCUGGCCUCCUCCACCCACGGCAUAAACGAUACCGCGCAGCAACCGCAGCAGACACGUGGCGCCUCGGCGGCGGCAAGGGAGGCGAGUUGGCUACAGGCGGUACGGAAGAUGGCGGCAAAACGCUACGAUCCGCCGAAGCAGCGCAUGAGCAUUCGACGGAAACGCAGCGUUAAGGGUAGUGGCGGAGGUAGCGGACCCUCGAAAGUGAAGCUGCCACGAGCGGCUAGUGUGUUGGCUAUGGACGAGGACGAGGGCGUGACAGUGCAGGCUGACAAUUCUGUGCCCUCUGGUCCGCCUAUUGGCCUCCCCGGCACUACUGGUACCUUGAGUGGAUACCCGCCACACGAGAUGCGUUACCUCACCUACAAGCAUGCCCGAUGGUCUCUACGUGUUCGAAAAGAGCUAAUAACUCCACUGGAAAAGUUGAAACCAAAACGUCUCCUUGAUCUAGUAUUCUGUCAGAUUGUGGGUGAUGUCUUGGAAAACGUUACGCCUCGUCUGACAUCCAACGAUGUGCGCAUCCUUCGAAAUACUAUCGGUGAAAUUCUUCUCAACAGUUCCCUAAACCAAUUGCUGUUCCAACCGACAGCUGUGAAACGAAUGGUUAUCGAUGCAGCGAAACAAUGUCCUUACUACUUUGGCCGUUUCUAUGCCAUUGAGCCUACAGACGGAUCGGAAAAAUCGCGCGUGUACAACUGGUGCGUAGUGGGGCACAGGUCAAUCCGCUUUGUGCAGCAAAAAAAGAACGACCGCAACUUGGAGCCCUACGCGGAGGUGCCGCUGGCCAGUAUCGUGACUUGUGACGCCUCGUUCAAAGAGCGCCCGAUGCCGCAGCGAACGAUCGCGGGCCAGAAGUACCUCGUCAACACCAAGGGCAUUCGUCUCACUGAUGAACCCAACUACGUUACCAUCAGAGACGACAAAGGCUACGUCUAUGAUAUGUACACCAGCUACCUAAAAUGGCAGAAUACUUCUGAUGUACCAAAACCGCCAAGAGGAGGUCGUGAAAAGACCUACGUUGAUUAUAUGUCGGAUACCAUGUCUAUCACCUCCACGCGCUCUUCCUACAGCAACGUACUGGAGGCUCUGGUUCCCUUUGGAAGGGAACACUUUAAGGACAAGAGGAGCAUUGGAAAACAACUUUCAUGGCAAUCAACACCUUUGAAGUAUGGAUCCUUGAUCAAAUUAUCGGAUCCUAAUGCAGUCGAAUCUGCAUCAAGGAUAUUUGAAGGUUAA